AUGUACAGCAGAGUAACAACAACAUUAUUGUUGACGGCAGUUCCAAGUCAUGUUGCUCGAGCGGUACGGCAACAAAUCACCAAAACUUUGCCGAGCAUAUAUACGGAACAUUACAGUCAAGUGACUGUAGUCUAUGGACGUUUAGUCGGACUGGAAGAUAUACUGUCACAGUGCAGUGUUCAAGAUGGUGCCAGGUUAAUUAAUGAAUUACAGGCAAGAAUCGAUCAAAUUGUAAAGAUAUGGAUAAAUUAA